AAACAAGCAGAAAUAGUUGGCCGGAAACGUCAAUAAUGUUUUGCGAUAAUUUGUUUUUCGAAUCUGAUUUAUUUGUGAUAUGCAACUUAAAUUCUUCUAUUUUAAAUUUCCUAUGGAUAAUUUUAAAAAAUAUUACUGUGGUGGAUGUAAAUUAUUAGAGCUAUGGAUGAUUUAAAAAAUAUUCGUACUCUUUGCACUCCAGGUAGUGGCUUUUCCGUGUCUACUGUUCAAGUCGAAUUUCGUGAAGACUUCAAUAUGAAAUCUCAUCCUUUAUAUCGUAGGCACGUGAAUGAGGUCUGGGAUAAUAAAAUGAAGAAUUGCUCUAAUUUAUUUAAUGCCACAAAAUUCAGACUGCAUGACACUAUUCUUAAAGAUAUUAGUAACCCGUGCUUGAAUAAUUUAACAUUUCAAAUAGGUGUAACAUGUUACAAAGAUUUUAUUGGAACAAAUUGUGCACCAUAUGCUGACGAACUUCAUCGAGAUGGUUUAAAAGAUUAUCAGAAUCCUCAGGCAUAUAUGGCUGACCCAAUUGGUGUUGGAGCUAUUUUGAUUACAACCAAUGAUGAUACAAUUUUCAUGAGAAGAAGUGAAAAUUGUGCAGAAAUGCCUCUGAUGAUUGAUAGACCUGGUGGUCAUCCUGAGCCUGAUGUCGUAACUAAUGAAUCAAAUCAAGAUAUCAAGCACUGUCAACCAUCUAGAAUAUGCGAAGAAGUAUUUGAUUCAGUUUUGAAAGAAAUCAGAGAUGAAAUAAAUGUCCCAUUAGAAUGCCUUUCCCAACCAAUACUUCUUGGCAUUGAUUACAAUCCAGAUACUUGGAGGAGACCAUUACUGGAAUUUAUUGUGAGGUGCUCUUUAAGUACAUAUGAAGUUCAAGAACUAUAUCAACAACAAACUCAAGCUGAAUCUGAAGAAUCUACUGAACUUAUUGUUGUUGAAUUGACUAAACUUAUCGAUAAUGAUUUUAAAAAUACGGAAAUUUAUCGUAAAUUUACACAUGCAGCAAAAACCGCUAUAUGCUUACUUAAAAUUUUUCUUUCAAAAUGAAUUAUCUCUGAGAUUUCUUUAUUAGAUUAUUUAUAUUAGAGUUUAUUCUCUUAUUUAGAGUAUUUAUUUUUAUACUGCUUGUAAUUUAUUUGGAACUGGAUAUUUGUGUUUGAGUAUAUUUUAAUUAUAAUGUUAUGAUUAUUUUAUUUAAAAUUCCAUUUCCUUGCUUGUAUAUUAACUUAUUACAACUUUUGUUAAUCUAAAUUGUAUUAUUUUUACUACAAUAUAAAAAAUGGAAAUGUUUAUCCAUAUAAAAGUUUUCUAUUCUUAUAAUAUUAAACUGCAUGUUUUAGUCAUUUACAUAUUUUGUUUAUAUUGGGGCAUAAAUUCUCAUUUGAAUUUAUUGCAUAAGUUUUGUGAAAACAUCUUUAUUUUAUGUUAAAUUAAAUAUUUUAUAUUUUUCUGUAUAUGGUUAAAGAAUAUAUGCAUACAUUAUAUUAUAAUAAGCUGUUUUAUUGAUGUUUGUUGUUAAUUUUAUCUUGAAAUAUCUCUAGAAAUUGUUCAUUUAUUUGCAAUAACAUUAUUUCCUUUAAUACUCUUGUAUUUUAUUUGGUUUGAGCUCAAUAAAUUGUUAUAACUUGUA